AUGACGCCUCCUGGGGGCCUGUCCCUUGCCGUAGGCAAGGAGACGGGGAAGCUCCCGGGAUACUCCGAACUUGCCGCAAAGGAUGAUUUGGGCCAUCAGUUGCAGCAAGCCGGGACAGUCUUCGCCCUCGCGCAAAAGCAGUUGGAGGCGCUGCACCAACAGCUGGCUGAGCUGGAUGCCCUUUGCAGCGGCCUUCUGUCAGGGAGCUCUUCAAUCCAGUCGCCACUCCAGGAAGUCCAGGUGGCUACGGCGCGCACUGACCAGCAGUUGGAUCAUGCACUGAAAACCUCCGAGCAUCUGCACUACUUGGUGGCAGGGAUCCGGCGAGAGGCAGUCGCUGAAGCGACCGGUGCCUAUGCGCGGGAGAACGAGAUCCUCAGGGAGGAGCUGGCGGAGGUCAAGAAGGUCAUGAUCACGAUGGUCCCGGUUUACAGCAUCCCAGUGCCGGAGGAUGAUGACCUAGAGCUGGAAUCCGUGGUACCUUCGGAGCGCGCUGAAGGGCCAGUCAACACUGGCACCCGGGACAAGAGCAUGUCGUGUUCAAGCUCCGUGCUGUCCUGUUGUGUUCCUGUCUCCCUCAAUGACUCGUCGGACCUGGAGUGGCCUGAGCCGCUGAUGGACGAGUUCGAAAUGCUGAGCCUGCGCCAGGGCAACCCAAAGCUGGCCCCUCCACGCUCUUGGCUCCCGCACCUGGAAACCUCCCCGAGUGAGUCGGAUCAGGCGCUAAGCCCGGCGCGGGCUCGAGUGCCAUCCUUGGCUGCAGCCGCUCUACGGCUGCUGCUUGCUAGGUGGGAAUCUCCUUUGCAGUCCUUCCUGUACCCGUUCCAGACGGCUCGGCUUUGCUUGGCUGCUCGGCCGCCCGCACGCCGUUGUCUUCUGGAUGCGGCGCUGGUGGAGCUCAUUGUGGAGGAGGGCACCGCAGAGGAUGUUUUGGCAUACUUCUUGAAUGCGACGCAAAACUACAAGGGUCUGUCACAGCUGGUUCGCACCACUGACCGGCCGAGCGAAUGCGUGUCUGAUUGGCCAAUGGUUAGAGCCUACCGCUGCCUGGUCAAGACUGUCAGCAGCAGAUUCCAUCGAAGCCCAAGGCUCGUUGUACAGUUUUUACGGCAUCUGAUCACGACCUGCUGGCAUGAGCAGCUGGAGGUGAAGAGGGCUGCCUUCUCCGUGCUGCAGACCAUCGGUGGCACUGGCGGAGAAGCUUUGGGGCACCUCGUCGCGAAGUCGAUGCUGCCUUUCUUAGACGCGCGCCGAAGCGUGCAGAAUCGCAGUUUCGCCCUGGAUGUCCUGGGCCACUGCGCUUUGAGCUCCAUGGCCUCCGGUGCUUUUGGCGAACGUUUGACCACUGCUCUUUUGGGCGCUGCGCGGUGGCCGGAGGAACGACUGAGCACGCGGGCGGUGGAGAUUCUGCAGUCGGCCUUUCAAGGUCGGCUGCCCGAGUCAGCGUCCGAGAACUCCAGGCGUGCGCUUCGGCAGGCGAAAUCCACAUGA